GUAGCAGACGUCUCCUUCAAGUGGGUGGUGGCCUGGUUGCCUUCCCUGCGCGCUUGCGUGGGAAGGCCAGCAAGGAGAAGGAGCUGGUUUUCAGGAAAGACCAAAGUCUAGGAAAAGUGCUGCCGAUGCCUUCGCGCUCGGGGCUCGGAGAAUGACUUUGAGACGGCACCCAGGCACGGAGCUAGCCCGGAUCUGGGGCUGGUCGGAUUAGGUUCGGUUUCCGCGCGGACGGAAGGUGCAAUACGGAAAAAGAGUCUGCUGAUCAAAUCUUAGAAUGGAUAGUUAUUUUAAAGCAGCUGUCUCUGAUUUGGACAAAUUACUUGAUGAAUUUGAACAGCACCCAGAUGAACUUGAAAACAACAGCACUAUAAAUCUUUGCAAUUCUGAGCACCACUUAGUUUUGUUAGAUUCAUCUUGCCAGCAGCCAAAAUCCUUUGAGCCAAAUGUGGAAGAAACUGCCAGUUGUGCUAUAUCAGCUGUAUGUUCAUUAUCUUCUCAAACUACAAAAGUAGCAAGUUUUGAACAAUUGAACUCUGACCAGAAUGAGAAAAAUGUUACUGGCUUAGAUCUUCUGUCCAUGGUGGGUGGUGAUUCUUCAGAUAAAAAUCAGUCGUCUUGCUUGAAGGGAUGCAGUAUACCUGUCUGCGAUCUUAUCAGUGACACAGGUGGCUUGAACCAGAUACAAAAUAAUUUAGGAUGUAUUCAAAAGUUGCAGCCAGAUGAGUCUCAGUACGGUCUUUCAAUUGAUGGCUUUGAUUUAGCACUGCUGUCACCAAAAGCUAAUAAUUCAGUGGUUGAUUAUCACAUUUCUAAUUCUGGUACACAGCAACAGAUUAAUGAAACACUGUACAAAAUACAAAAUAAUGCAGCAGAACUUAAUCAGUUGGAAUUAAAGACAGACACUCCUUUUGAACAAAAUAUAGCAGACUCUAGUGAAGAUCAAGAAAAAACAAAAUGUUUGAAUAGUAAUAAAAUAUCUGACCAGAAACAACAAGUGAUAGGAGCUGAUGGAGUAUCAGCUUCAUUAAUACAUCUUUCAGCUGUACUUGGAUCCAAAGAUGAAUCAACAUGUGAAAAGCUGCCUUGUGAGACACUAGUGGAUGAAAAUAGUUCGAAAAGUCAAAUGAUACAUGAUGAGAGUGACAAGCAAGGCAUUUCAGAAGACAUAAAAGAAUCAGAAGCAUUGCAUUUGCCAAAGAUCCAUGAAGUGAAUAAUCCCAAUGUAAUGUGUAACAAAAAACCUUUAUGUGAUUCUGCUCUUCAGACAGAAAAUGUACUAGCUUUCAAUAAAGAACAUAGCACAACUGACAAGUUUUGUAAUUCACAGCAAUAUACUGAUAUAACUUUAAAUACAGUUUCAGUACCAGAGAUCUCUGAAGACAUACAGACUUCACUAUCCUGUCUUCCACUUGCAGUUUCUAUAUGUACAUCAUUAGUUAAUACUGAUGAUACAAAUGGAAAGAUUAUUCAGAAAGAAGAUGGCAUUAGAGACAUAGCUCUGCACAGUGAAAAUAGCUUUGCAGAAGGCAGAAAAACAGAAACUUCAGAAAAGGAGAGCAGUCUAAACCAAACCAAUGAAUGUGAGAUAGAGAAAUCUUCCUUAAUAAGUAGAGAAUGUGUUGUUUCUAGUAAUUGUGAGCCUUUCCAGCAGCAGGAUUCUAUUGUGACUACUAGUCCUUUUUUGGCUAAAGAUACUGAAAUGUGCAGCAGUGUUUGGCCUAUUGAUGUUGAUGAAAGACCUUUUGUUGAUCUAGCUUUAGAAGAAGACAUUAUUGGAAGCAACAUGCUCAUUAGUGAUAGUGAGCUUGAUGCCUUUUUGUCUGAACAUUGUCUUGAAGCAAAUAAUUCAAAGCCUCUGAAAGAAGACACUAGCAGUGGGCUUUUGGAAUCUGAAGUAAUAAAUGACAACUUACUGGAUAUAAGCAAUCUGAAUACCAAUAGAGACAGCGUACAAGCAGAAUUGGAAUUUCAGAAAGCAAAAGCCUGUAAUGAAAAUAAUUUUAUCAGUAUUCCAGAAUCUAGUUUGGAGAUCCUAGUGAAAACACAAACACAGCAGGUUCAACAAGAGACUAUAGAUAAUGCAAUUGAGAUUGGAAGUGAAGUUUCAGAUUCAUUAAAUGGUCAGCCAACAGUGCACAGUGGAGGAGCGAGACCAAAGCAGCUGCUAAACCUUCAACCAAAAGCCCCAAUCCCUUCUGAGGUUAGCAGUAAAAAUACACCCGGAAAUGAAUCUCAAGUGAUAAAUUCCACAGACUCAAAUACCUUUGUCUCCGAUGGUAAAAUGUCUCCUGAAUCGGAUGUUAGCCAUAAUAAUGUUGAUGGACAAAGAUGCUUGGGAAACAUGAAAGAAAAUUCCUUACCUAUGGUUUCAGAGCCAAGAAAAGUAGUGGGACAAGCUACUGUCUUGGGACAGAAGCAGCCAUCCUGGCUUCCUGAUUUAGAAGCAUCAAAGUGCAUGAAUUGUCAAGCCAAAUUCACAUUUACAAAAAGAAGACACCACUGUCGUGCUUGUGGGAAAAUUUUUUGUGCUCCCUGUUGCAAUCGAAAAUGCAAACUCCAAUAUCUGGAUAAAGAAGCAAGAGUCUGUAUAAGCUGCUAUGAGUCCAUUAACAAAGCACAAAUGAUGACCCCAACUGGUCCAGCAUCUAAUUCUGUAGUGUCUGAAUCUCCAGCUAUUCCAUCUCUGCAUGAAACCCAGACAUCUGCAUUGCUCCCUAAAGACCAGAGAAGAGUUUGGUUUGCAGAUGGAAUUUUACCUAAUGGAGAAGUUGCAGACACAACAAAACUGUCAUCCGGCGCCAAGCGAUUCCCACAGGAACCUGUUGGAAGCCCAACAAAUGAAACUGUCUCUGCAACUGAUACCAAGUCAAAAGAUGAAAUGCAUGUAGCUGAACAAACUGGGAUUGCAAGGGGUUCCACUUCUGUUCCACAGAAAGACGUAUUGCCUAGUAAUGAGCAGCUUGACUUACCACGUGAAUCUGACUGUCUGCCCAUUGCACAAACUGAAGUGUUGUGUGACUCUGACUUUGUGACUGCAGCUGUUACUGAAGUUCCUAUUGUUUCUGAACUAGCAAAGGAAUCUCUUCCUGCUGCAACUGAUCAAGCAAGUGAUACCUCUACUAGUAUAUUAGAUUAUAGGAUGCUUUGUUAUAUUGAAAACUGUGUUGGUAAGGAGGUCAGCCUUAUUCCUGGUGAUGGAUUUCCACCUCUUCUGCUUGCAAGAGGAGAAAAAGGUAAAGAAUCCUUGGUAGAAGAGCAUCCUUCUAAUGAGCAAAUUACCUUAUUGCUUGAAGAAUCUAAUCCAUUGACAUUCAUUCUAAAUGCAAACUUACUAGUGAAUGUCAAGAUACUAUCUUAUAAUUCAGAAAAAUGCUGGUAUUUCUUCACCAAUGGAAUGCAUGGGUUGGGGCAAACUGAAAUUAUCAUACUGUUACAAUGUUUACCAGAUGAAAGUGAUAUUCCUAAAGAAAUAUUCAACUUAUUUAUCAACAUAUAUAAAGAUGCUAUGAAAG